AUAGUCUUAUAAAGACACCCACCACUCUCUCCAUCUUUCUAUUCUCCAUUCCCUUCUUCAACACACAACACAACAACAACCCACCUUCUCUCUAUUCUCUUCUCCGAUCAUGUUGAGGAAAAGACCCUCUCCAAUGAUCGGAAAAUUAUCAGAACUAUUGGUCUCCGGCCACCGUCUCAUGGACCCCACCGGAAGUCCAAGAGGCCCACUAGACCCUAAGAUGCAACAAUCACCAAGAGGUUUAAAAAACUACGACCUCAGUAGCGUUGGUCUCAAGAUCGUUGCAGCUCUCGACAACAACAAAACAUGCGAUGUUUUGCCCAAACACGCUGUUUGCACCUCGAAUUUGAAUCGAUCCAGACCGAUUCAAAUUCAAUCGGCGAAAAACUCGAACGGGUUUCAAUUGGAUUAUUCAAAUAUGAAUGAUGGGAAUGAAAUUGACAUGGAAAACUUGGAAGAACUAGAAGAUGAAGAAUUCACAUAUGUCACAUGUCAUGUACCUAAUAAAACCUUCACUAAGGUUUAUUACGACGGUGAAGUUCGAAAACAACAAGGUUGCAAUAACAACAACAACGUUGUUGGUGUUGUAAGAAGUUCUGAGCCGGAACCCUUAUUUCCAACAUCAAAUUUUCUUAAUUCAUGUCACUUAUGCGGAAAGAAUCUACAUGGAAAAGAUAUAUACAUGUAUAGAGGUGAGAAAGGGUUUUGUAGCACAGAGUGUCGUUCGAGUCAAAUAAUGAUGGAUGAACGAAAAGAGAGGUGUGGUUCAGAAGCUGUGGAAUUGUCAAAUUCACCGUACACAAGGGGUCAAAUAUUUUCAACUGGAAUUCUUGCGGUUUAACUAUUGAUUAGUAUCAAAAUCUGGAUUAAGAAAAUCAAUAAUUAUCCAGAGAUUGAUACUGUUAAUAAGUAAAUAAUAAUAUAUAUACGGCUAUACUAUGGUUAACUGUGGAAUAUUUGUAUGAGAAUUAAGAUAGAUAGCUUGAUCAUAACCAACCAAAACGAAAUUUUUGAUGAGGAAUAAUGGGAGAGUAGAUUAUUUUGAUGUAUUUUUCUUUGAUAUGUUCAAGGAAUCAUGAAUUGUGAAUGAACUCGAAAUCUCAAUUUUAUGGAUUGAUUUGUGUUGUUUCUGAA